CGGUAGCUGUAGUUUUUCCAAAUCAAUUUUGGGGAUUUCUUGUUAUAUCGAGUUUCACGAAAAAUUACGGCUAUCAAUCUUCUGGAAAGCUUGGAAUCAAGUUAAUUUCCUGUGUUAAAGCCUUGAGGGGUCCACGUGCUACUAGAUGGUUUGCACAUUUUAGUUGGAUUGAUACCACUAAGCAUGUGUUGAAAGUUUUUAGGGAUGCAUUUGAUUCCAUGACAGAGGAUCAGUGUAUUUGGGAACCAUAUUCGGAUGACUUAAUUGAGAGUCUUCCUAUAUGGCGUGUAAGAGCUCCAAUUUUUUGUUGGGAUAUCGUUGAAGUUCACUUGCCUGAUCGAGUUAUGAGAAAAUUUGGACUAAACCAAACGAUACCAACUCCAAAUCUAUUUGACGCCACACAUUUUCACCAUGAUCGAAGGGGAAGACCAAAUACAAAUUGGAAGUUGGAGCAUGCACAAUGGUUGCCUCUUUGGAACCAACGACUUCAAUAUGUUUGUGAUGCUCCGGUCAAUCGUGAACCACUUCGAUAUGACGACCCUUACCUUAUUUGGUUUAGACGCAUUACUCGUCUUGUUAUUGGUAAUCCUACUCAGCGUCCUCAACAACAAGAAGGUUAUGUGCCAAUUCAACGGCAUAUGAAACAAUGGUGCGUCAUAUUCAUUCCACGAUUGAUAGAGCAAAAGCCCUUGGUGAUCAGCCAUCAAUGGAGGAUUUAUACAUAUUUCGUGCAAUGGUCCGAAAUGAAGGAGAAAAGUGCUUGACAUAUGUCCACGAGGCUGCUAGGAUUAAUGUACAAGCCGAUUAUAGAAGAGAUGAGGUAUAUGAUGAUCAUUUACAUCAUCCGGUUCGUAGGCGAGGAAAAGGUGGUGUUGCCGGUAGGAGGGCUCGUGGUUCUGUUGAGAAAGGACGAGCGCCAAUUGAAAUGGAUAUAUUAGUCUCCGAAGAUGAUCACACAACUUGUGAUUUUGGUUCCAUUUCAAGGGGCCAAACUCAAGAAUUCACUCCCGGGGCAUCAGGUAUGACAUAUCAACCAACAAAUACUGAUAUUGUUCCAUACAUGGCAUCACAAAUAUUAAGGAAUUCUAGUCUUUCAUCACUUGAGAAUGUAUUUGGUGGUUCUCGACCUCAAGAUUUUGAGAAUGCCCCCAACUUUAAUUCAUCACCUGGGCUGCCAAUAUCCAUUGAGACCCCUGGUGUUGUUAAUCAUUUAGAGGACUCCAACGAUGAAGUGGAGAAUGCAAACGAAUGUGGUGAACCAUCAGUGAAGGAGAAGCGUAGGAUUUUUCCUUAAGCGUUGUGGGACUGGGAGUCACUAUCUUUACCAGCAUGGCAAAAAAAAAAGCAACGAGAAACAAAGAACUGUAAUUGAGAGGUUUCAGGUUGAUGCAGCUUGUUGAUAUUCUGGAUAACCCUUGGUGAAUAGUAGAGAUUUUUUGUGAAGAAUGAAGCUACUAGUCAUUAUUUUGUAAAGCAACAUGUUCUAUGAAUACAUGAAUGUUUAUAUUAUUUUCUAUUUAGUAGUAGAGAUUCUUUGUGAAGAAUGAAACUACUAGUCAUUAUUUUGUAAAGCAACAUGUUCUAUGAAUACAUGAAUGUUUAUAUUAUUUUCUAUUUA